AUAUCGUACUACGGAAAAUGUCAACCUUCCAUUUCGUGUUCACCCAGUAGUUAACGAAAUUGGUAAAUCUCGCGUUGAAUAUCGAAUCACUGUGAAAGCGAAUUUCUCGCCAAAAUUAUAUGCUAAUAAUGUGGUGAUAAGGAUACCCACGCCACUUAAUACUGCCAAUAUCAAUACACGCGUUACAGCUGGUAAAGCGAAAUAUGUUCCAGCCGAAAAUUCUAUUGUUUGGAAGUUACCGCGAUUUCAAGGACAAUCCGAAGUAACAUUAUCCGGUGAAGCGGAACUUUCUUCAAUGACUGUAAAGAAAGCAUGGUCGCGACCUCCAAUAUCAAUGGAUUUUCAAGUUUUGAUGUUCACUUCUUCUGGAUUAUUAGUCAGAUUUUUGAAAGUCUUUGAAAAAAGUGAAUAUACAAGUGUAAAAUGGGUAAGAUAUAUGACUAAGGCCGGAAGUUAUCAAAUCAGG